GUGAAGACAUCUCUAUCCUCAAACAUCAAUUCAGGGAAUUGUGGGCUCAAACCUCACUCUAUGCCUCUCUCUGCAACAUCAACACCCUCCCUUCCCCAGAAUACGAAUCGGGCUUCGAUCUCUUCUCCCAUUACGGAACCGCCUCAGUCGUUCGAGACCUCGAACAUCUAUCCUCACUCAUAGAAGGACCUUCUUCACCGGUCAAUUACGCUGGGUUUUCGUAUGGAACUGAGAUAGGCGCUGUGUUCGUGGGGAUGUUCCCUGAAAGGGUUGGAAGGGUUUGGAUAGAUGGAGUGGUGGAUCCUGUCGUUUGGGCGGAGGUUCCGGAGUAUAAGUUUGCAUCCAUUGAUUUGGUGGAUACGGACAAGGCGCUCAACGACUUUUUCCAGAAAUGUAUUGACGCUGGUCCGGAACGUUGUGUUUUAGCAACCAACUCGACGAAGAGCGCCGCUAAACUUGAGAAGAAAAUUUUGGGGCUGUUUAAGGAUAUAUACUAUGGUCCUCUACCUGUUCCUCACGCUAAGAAUCCUGGUUUACUCCGUUCAGGCCAUAUUCGAGAUGAAAUUUUUGAAGCGAUGUACAGACCACGGAGUUGGCCCGACUUGGCAGAGAAACUAGCAGCUACUCUAGAAGGGAACGGAGCACCUAUAUUGGAGUCUCAAUCUCCAACACUAGAUCCGACCGCUCCUCCUGAUAGUUUCAGUCCGAUCUUGCAAGGCGUCCUGUGUGCGGAUGGACCACCUGUCCAUCGCCUUCUUGACGAAGCUCGUCGUCGUCGAGACCAAGGAAGCGAAGGGGAGGGAAAGGAUGGGGAAGAAGGGUUUAUGGAAGAGAUUGUGAAGGAACUUGUGGAUGAGGUGGAGAAGGCGUAUAGUGAGACAAGCAAAACCUUUGCAGCCACGGUCUCAAGUCCGGCUUGCUUCCAUUGGAGGUUGAACCCUCCAGAAAGGUGGGUUGGACCUUGGGAUAAGAGGUUGGCGGGUCCGAUAUUGAUUGUCGGAAAUACAGCUGAUGUGAGUUCCACUCCGCCCUUUUCGAAAAAUUGAGAAAAGAAGAAGCUGAUACAUUAACGUUUGAUACCAGCCCAUUACGCCAUUGAAGAAUGCGAAAGUUG